UUAAUAAAAAUAAACAUUAUAUACCGGUUAACCUUUUUUCUUUGACAAUUUAAUAUUAAUUGUUUUAAGAAAUUAUAAAUACCUAUAAUAUGUUAUUUUAUAAGAUUUUUAUUAUUAUGAGAGAUUUGUAUAUUUGUAUAUUAUACCCGAAGAAUCCUCUGAUAUUGGACUUAUUUAUCCUUGUGUGGAUACAGCAUUUAAAUUACUUCUAUCUGCUAGAUUUUGUUCUGCUAUAUGGAGUCACAUAACAGAUUGUGAUGAAACAUAUAAUUAUUGGGAACCAAGUCAUUAUCUACUUUAUGGCAAUGGUCAACAAACAUGGGAAUAUAGCCCACAAUAUGCAUUAAGAUCAUAUAUGUAUUUAUUGAUUCAUAUGGUACCAGCAAAACUUUAUCAUUACUUGUUAGAACCAAAUCCUGUUUUAGUUUUCUAUUUUGUAAGAUGCCUAUUAUCUGUGGGUUGUGCAUUGUCUGAAGUAUAUUUUUAUAAAAAUGUAUGCAGAGAAUUUGGAAUUCACAUAGGCAGAUUAACAUUAGUAUUUCUCAUUCUUAGCUCUGGCAUGUACAUUGCUAGUGCUGCAUUUUUACCGUCCUCUUUUUCAAUGUAUUUGAGUACUAUUGCAACAGCAGCAUGGUAUGGGCGUCAGUAUGAAUUAGCAAUUUUUGCUACAGCUUUAUCUGCUUUAUUAGGAUGGCCAUUUGCAGCAUUACUUGGGUUACCAAUUGCAAUAGAAAUGUUAUUACAUAAACAAGAAUGGAGUAAAUUUAUAAAAUGGGUAAUCAUAUCUGGUACUGUUGUAUUAAUACCAAUGAUAUGGAUUGAUUCAAUGUAUUAUGGUAAAUUAGUUAUAGCACCUUUAAAUAUUGUAAUGUACAAUGUUUUUACUAAUCAUGGGCCAAAUAUUUAUGGAAUAGAACCUUUCAGCUAUUACAUUUAUAAUGGAUUUUUAAAUUUUAAUUUCGUUUUUAUUGGUGCUAUUUGUGCUCCAUUUGGAUUGUUUUUAGUGUGGUUAAUUGUACCAGCCAGACCAAGAGAUCGUUUAUGUUUAUCUUACUGGUAUUCUUUGGCGCCAUUGUAUCUUUGGUUUCUAGUGUUUUUUUCACAACCUCAUAAGGAAGAACGAUUUUUGUUUCCUGUGUAUCCAAUGAUUUGUAUGGCUGGAGGUAUAGCUGUAGAUACUAUUCAAAAAUUAUAUUUUUUUAUCAGGACAAAAAUUAGUUCUUUACAUAUUGCUUAUCAUUAUUUGCAAUACACUGUUUAUAUUACAUGUUUUGCUAUUUUAAUAUGUGGUCUUCUUGGAAUAUCAAGAUCAUUGGCAAUAUAUAAAGGUUAUUAUGCACCAAUGGAAGUACUGAUUGAUACUAAUAAACUUGGUUUAGAAAGAGAAAUAUCUAAGGAUAUUAAUAUUAAUUUUUGUAUUGGUAAAGAAUGGCACAGAUUUCCAAGUAGCUUUUUCUUUCCAUCAAAUAAUUGGAAACUCCAAUAUUUAAGAUCAGAAUUUAAAGGUCAAUUACCACAACCUUUUUUAAACCAUGAAAAUGCAACUAGUAUUAUGCAACCCUAUUUUAAUGAUAUGAAUAGAGAAGAACCUACACGUUAUUUUAAUUUAGAUAAAUGCCAUUUUGUAUUAGACUUGGACAAUGGUAUUGAAACAAUUUUAGAACCAAAUUAUUCUCGAUUUAAUGAUAAUUUCACAAUAAUAAAAUCAUCCAAAUUUUUAAAUUCAGCAAAAUCACACCGAUUUUUCCGAGCAUUUUAUAUUCCUUUCUUAUCUGAUAAAUAUUGUACAUAUGAUUCGUAUAAUUUAUUACAGAAUAUUAAAUUGAAAUCAAUUCCUCUUUUGUCGAAAGAAAAGAACACAAAAUCUGUUUAAAUAAAAAUUUUAGAACAUAUGUAUGAUUUUGAUAAACAGGGUCUCUAUCAGGGAAAUUAAUGUUUGAUAUUUCAAAUGGAUUAUAUAAUAAAAGAUAAAACAAAAUAACUUAAAAAUAAUAAAUGAAAAUAAAAAAAACAAAAACGAUUGAAACUAAAAAAAAUUACAAAUUUUUUUAGUUUUAUUAAAAAUAAAGAAAUUCAUAAUUAGAUUCUGAAUCAAUCAUAAUUUUGUUAUAAUAAAUGAUUGUUAAUACAUGUAUAAUAUAAUAUAUGCGCUUAUAGUUAAAUAUAUGCGUGAUUAGUGUGUUUUAAAAAAUAUAAAUUAUGAUGAUAUAAAUAUAUUGAAUAAAAACUUUGUAUAAAAUACAUAGAUAUAUAAAAAACUUAUAUUUGUAAUACAACAUUUAAUUAAUAAUUAUUUUUUAUGUAUAAAAUACUUAAUAAUAUAAGAUAUUUUAAUUUUGUUCUUGCAUUUUUAGUAUUUAGACAUUUUAAUAAACUAUUAAGCAUUAUUUUUAUCAAUAUACAUAAGUAAUUUUAUCAAUAUAACAUAUAUAAUAAACUUUAAUAAACUAUAAUAACUAAAAAUAAUAAUUGUAUGAAUAAUAUUUGAUAAUAAUAUUUAUAUGUAAUUAAAUUCCAGUUUCUUUAUAAUUAACAAUUUAUAUAUAUAGUGAGAUUAUAAAUACAUUUAUGAAAGUGUAAUAUAAUUAAUUUUAAUUGCAAAUAUAUUGUAAAUUUUUGUAUUAUAUUUUAUAAAUAUUCUAGUAAAAAUUUUCAGGAACA